AUGGAUUCCGACGAUGAAUAUCAACGCGCAUGGGAUGAGGCCUAUGCCGCGUUGGUUGAAGAGGUUGAGCAAGAAGUACAGGAGGAGGUGCGCUGUGCGGCGGCGGUCCCUCGUCCGAUCCAGCAUCGGCGGACAAUCCCCCGCGACCAUAUCGGGGCUAACCAGCGGCUGAUGGAUGGCUACUUUGGCGAAAACCCACGUUUUCCGCUAGAGCUUUAUCGUCGGCGUUUCAGAAUGUCUCGACGACUCUCCCUACAUAUAGCGUCGUCAUUGGCUUCGCGGUACAACUGCUUCACCCUCCGAUCUGAUGCCAGCGGCAGGAUCGGAUUGUCGACGAUACAGAAGUGCACCGCAGCUGGUCUAUGGCGGACAAGCUGA